UUUGAAACUCGAGAAAUUGCUGCUUCAUUUCCUAUUCUGUUCCCAUAAGCUGAUAGUUCUAGACGUUUGCAGCGCAGACUUCCAAAGCGUGUUCUUGAAAAACUAAACUUUUAGAGUAAAACUUUGAAAAUUUUACAAAAAGAACAAAAAGACUCGAAGAUGCCAGAACCAACCGGAGAUGUGGAAACUUUCGCGUUCCAGGCUGAGAUCGCUCAGCUGAUGUCAUUGAUCAUCAACACGUUCUACUCGAACAAAGAGAUAUUCUUGCGUGAAUUGAUCUCCAACUCUUCGGAUGCUCUCGACAAAAUUCGUUAUGAGUCGCUCACCGAACCCUCAAAAUUGGACAGCGGUAAGGAUCUGUUCAUCAAGCUCAUUCCCAACAAGGAGGCUGGAACUUUGACUAUCAUCGAUACUGGUAUCGGAAUGACCAAAGCCGAUCUGGUCAAUAACCUUGGUACGAUUGCCAAGUCCGGAACUAAGGCGUUUAUGGAAGCUCUGCAAGCCGGAGCUGAUAUUAGCAUGAUUGGCCAGUUUGGUGUGGGUUUCUACUCGGCUUAUUUGGUUGCUGAUAAGGUCAUUGUCACUUCCAAGAAUAAUGACGAUGAACAAUACGUGUGGGAAUCUUCUGCCGGUGGUUCAUUCACUGUUCGCGCCGACAACGAAGAACCUUUGGGCCGCGGUACCAAGAUCGUUCUGCACGUGAAGGAAGAUCAGUUGGAAUAUCUGGAGGAAAGCAAAAUCAAAUCCAUCGUGAACAAGCACUCUCAAUUCAUUGGCUAUCCAAUAAAACUGUUGGUAGAAAAGGAGCGUGAGAAGGAAGUAAGCGAUGACGAGGCUGAAGAAGAGAAGGAGGAAAAGAAGGAAGAAGAAAAAAAGGAUGACGAACCAAAGAUCGAGGAUGUUGAAGACGAUGAAGAUAAAAAGGACAAGAAGAAGAAGACCGUGAAGGUUAAAUACACCGAGGAUGAGGAACUCAACAAAACUAAGCCUAUCUGGACCAGAAACGCUGACGAUAUUUCCCAGGAGGAAUAUGGGGAGUUCUACAAGUCCCUUACCAAUGACUGGGAAGACCAUUUGGCGGUAAAACAUUUCUCAGUUGAAGGUCAAUUGGAUUUCCGAGCACUGCUCUUCGUACCGCGUCGUAUGCCAUUCGAUAUGUUCGAGAACAAGAAGAAGAAGAACAACAUUAAAUUGUACGUUCGUCGAGUUUUCAUCAUGGAUAACUGUGAGGAGCUCAUUCCAGAUUAUCUGAACUUCAUCAAGGGUGUCGUAGAUUCAGAAGAUUUGCCACUAAACAUUUCUCGUGAAAUGUUGCAACAAAACAAGAUUCUUAAGGUGAUUCGUAAGAAUCUGGUCAAGAAGUGUUUGGAAUUAUUUGAAGAACUUUCUGAGGAUAAGGAAACCUAUAAGAAAUUCUACGAUCAGUUCAGCAAAAAUCUGAAGUUGGGAGUACAUGAAGACAGUCAAAAUCGUCAAAAAUUAGCCGAUCUUCUCCGUUUCAAUACCUCGGCAUCUGGAGAUGAGUACUGUUCGCUGACCGAUUACAUCGGUCGCAUGAAGGAGAACCAGAAGCACAUUUAUUUCAUCACUGGUGAAAGCGUUGAGCAAGUUAAAAACUCAGCUUUCGUAGAACGUGUUAAGAAACGUGGUUUUGAAGUUAUCUACAUGACCGAAGCUAUUGAUGAGUAUGUCAUCCAACAACUAAAGGAGUACCAAGGCAAGCAGCUGGUUUGCGUCACCAAGGAAGGACUCGAACUGCCAGAGGAUGAAGAAGAGAAGAAGAAACGCGAGGAGGAUAAGGCCAAGUUUGAGAACUUGUGCAAGGUAAUGAAAUCAGUCUUGGACAGCAAGGUCGAGAAGGUCGUUAUUUCGAAUCGUUUGGUUGACUCUCCAUGCUGUAUUGUCACUUCUCAAUACGGAUGGUCCGCUAACAUGGAACGUAUAAUGAAAGCUCAAGCUCUCCGUGAUUCUUCUGCAAUGGGUUACAUGGCCGGCAAGAAGCAUCUAGAAAUUAAUCCAGACCAUUCCAUCAUUGAGACGCUUCGUCAACGAGCUGAUGCUGACAAGAACGAUAAGGCUGUUAAGGAUCUCGCCAUUUUGCUGUUCGAAACUGCACUGCUAUCGUCAGGAUUCUCAUUGGAUGAGCCCGGCGUACACGCAUCUCGAAUCUAUCGUAUGGUCAAGCUGGGGCUUGGAAUCGACGAGGACGAAGCUGUGAGCGCGGAAGAAACGACUGCCGGAGCUGCUGGAGAUGCUCCGCCUCUAGUUGACGAUACUGAGGAUGCGUCACACAUGGAAGAGGUCGAUUAAAUCAAAACUUAAGAAAACGAAACGCUGUAUUUAGAAGAUUUCUUGAAAUUCACCGUGUUUUAACGGUUUUACGCCUACACCAAACGCUAUUUUUAUUAGUAAUGUAAUGGAUACAUCUUCAAACACAUUUACUUUUUGUCCUUUUUCAGUUGAAUGAGAGAAAGUAGUAGCCAAAAUUGCAUUUAUGUGAUUAUAAAACAGUGAAUAUAGCAAACAAAUAAAGAAAAUCUCUUGUUCCAUAACAA